GCGGAGCUGCCGCCGCCUGGACGCUGAGCGGAUCCCCGGGCCGCCGCCGCGGCCCGCUCAGCCGCCGGGAGCAUCCCGGGGCGCCCCCUCCUUUCGUAGCGAGGGGAGGGGGAAGGCCGCAGGCCGGCCCUUAGCGGGGAGGGGGACGGGACAGGCGGCACCACCAUGUCCGGGCGCGGCCACAACAAGCUGCCGACCACCGAGCGCAUCGUCAAGGCUGUCCCGUUUCCUCCCACGCAGCGGCUCACUCUGAAGGAGGUGUUUGAGGACGGGAAGCCUAGGCUUGACGUCUUGAAGAGCCACUUGGUAAAGGAAGGGCGCUUGGAAGAGGAUGCGGCGUUGAAGAUAAUCAAUGAUGGGGCUGCCAUUCUUAGGCAUGAGAAGACAAUGAUCGAAGUGGAGGCUCCGAUCACAGUGUGCGGUGACAUUCAUGGGCAGUUUUUUGACCUGAUGAAGUUAUUUGAAGUUGGAGGAUCACCCAAUAACACCCGCUACCUCUUUCUGGGAGACUACGUGGACAGAGGCUACUUCAGUAUAGAGUGUGUGCUGUAUUUAUGGAGUUUAAAGAUAAAUCAUCCCAAAACAUUGUUCCUCCUUCGAGGGAACCAUGAGUGCAGACACCUCACAGAAUACUUCACCUUUAAGCAGGAAUGUCGAAUCAAGUAUUCAGAGCGAGUGUAUGAUGCAUGUAUGGAUACAUUUGACUGUCUUCCUCUUGCUGCCCUCCUAAACCAGCAAUUUCUGUGUGUUCACGGAGGACUGUCUCCAGAAAUCACAUGUCUAGAUGACAUUAGGAAAUUAGACAGGUUUAAGGAGCCUCCAGCCUUUGGUCCAAUGUGUGACCUACUCUGGUCUGAUCCAUCAGAGGAUUAUGGUAACGAGAAGACGCUGGAGCAUUUCACCCACAACACUGUUCGAGGCUGCUCCUAUUUCUACAGUUAUCCUGCAGUGUGUGAAUUUUUGCAGAACAAUAGUUUGUUAUCUGUAAUCCGAGCUCAUGAAGCCCAGGAUGCUGGGUACCGAAUGUACAGGAAGAGCCAGACAACAGGCUUUCCGUCAUUAAUCACAAUCUUCUCUGCACCAAAUUAUCUAGAUGUCUAUAACAACAAGGCUGCUGUACUGAAAUAUGAAAACAAUGUCAUGAACAUCAGGCAGUUCAACUGUUCGCCUCAUCCAUACUGGCUUCCAAACUUCAUGGAUGUCUUCACAUGGUCUUUGCCUUUUGUAGGGGAAAAGGUCACAGAAAUGCUCGUUAACAUCCUCAACAUAUGCUCCGAUGAUGAGUUGAUUUCAGAUGGUGAUGAGACGUUGGAAGAUCACUACAUUUCAAGCUAUCAGAAAGGUGGGACAACAGUCCGUAAGGAAAUCAUCAGGAAUAAGAUUAGAGCCAUUGGGAAGAUGGCACGAGUCUUCUCUGUCCUUCGGGAGGAGAGCGAGAGCGUGCUGACCCUCAAAGGCCUGACGCCCACAGGUACACUGCCCCUGGGAGUGCUCUCAGGGGGGAGGCAGACCCUGCAGACUGCCACAGUAGAAGCAGUAGAGGCACGGGAAGCCAUUCGUGGAUUUUCACCGCAGCACAAGAUCCGCAGCUUCGAAGAAGCCAGAGGGCUAGACCGCAUUAAUGAACGCAUGCCGCCACGCAAAGAUUCAAUGCACUCAGACGGGCCGGUAAACUUGGUAACCUCAACAAACUCUGCAGACAAGAAUGGCACAGGGAAGAAAGCCCAGUAAUGGUCCGAAUGCCCAAUCUGCACCACUAAAGGAUCCAAAACUUAAUGAAUUUUAUUUAUUUAUUAUUGGGGUGGGGUGGGGGCAGGGGAGAAACCAACUUCACCUGGAGGCACGUUCAUAAUCCAGUUUGCAUCCAUUCUGUAAGAAAGGUGACCAUUUUGUAAUUUUUUUAUUUAUGUUCAAUAUAUAAAAAGUCCAUCCUUUUUUUUUAAUUUAGAAACCAA